CCACAGUCCGCAGCAACCAUCUCUCAACGUCAUCUCAAACACCUACACUAAAACCCCCCUCAAAAGCUCUCCCUCCUCUCAACGCGGCGUAAGCUCGAAAAGCUCACUCGCGCAAUGGAGUCAAUAGCGAGGAUCUCGAGUCUCAUGGAGACCGCGAGGGAGCUCACCCUCGAUGCUGCCCAGGCGACGCGCGGUGCGCGCACGAGCUCAAGACCUUUGGAUCGAAACCAGAUGAGGAAGUUAUUGGAUAGUAGGAACGAGCGCGAGGUUCUCGAGGGUCUACGGCGUGUUAUGGCGAUGAUGUACCGAAACCACAAGACACUACCGUUCUUCUCUUCUGUCGUCAAGAAUGUCGCCUCACCGAAUAUUGAGAUCAAGAAGCUUGUCUACAUAUACCUCAUCCACCAUGCCGAACAGGAGCCCGAUCUCGCACUCCUCUCCAUCAACACUAUCCAGAAAUCCUUAUCCGAUCAGAACCCCCAAGUCCGAGCUCUCGCCCUCAAGACCAUGUCCGGAAUUCGAGUCCCCGUCAUCAGCCAGAUUGUAUCUCUCGCUAUCAAGAAGGGCGUCGCCGACAUGAGCCCCUACGUGCGGAAAGCAGCUGCCCUUGCGAUUCCGAAAUGCCAUCGAUUAGACCCGAGUCAAGCGCCGCAGUUGAUCGACUACUUAUCGACUUUGCUGGGUGAUAAACAAUACUAUGUUGCUGGAGCUGCCGUGUCAGCUUUCCUCGAGAUUUGCCCCGACCGAAUAGACCUUGUUCAUAAGCAUUAUCGCACGCUGAUCAAACAAGUGGUAGAUAUGGACGAAUGGAGUCAACUGGCUACACUACGACUGAUGAUGUAUUAUGCGCGAAAGUGUUUCCCUCGAAGGACAGAGUCGCCAGACGAAUCUACCGAAAAUUCCCAGGAUCAGCAAGUGGACGACUUCUACGGCGAAUCGCGACAAGGUAGUCGAAGUCAGGGGUCUUUAGUGCUUGACCCGGAUCUGGCAUUGCUGCUAAAUGGCAUCAGACCUUUACUGCAGAGUAGGAAUGCUGGUGUUGUUGUCGCUGUCACUCGGUGCUAUGUCGACAUCGGAACACCCGAGUAUGUAAAGCAGGCUAUUGGCCCCUUGAUCGCCUUGCUUCGUGGAGCUCAGGAUAUUCAGGAGACUGCUCUGUUCAAUAUCGUCUCCGUAUGUCUUCUCCGGCCAACUGAUUUCGUCAAAUAUGCGAGCCAUUUCCUGGUUCGAGCCACCGAUACUGCCCCUGUAUGGGAGUUGAAGUUGGAAAUCCUGACAAUUAUCUUCCCUCACAGCCCACCACAUGUUAAAAGCCUUAUUCUGAAGGAGCUCGAGCACUUCUCGCAAGGAACAAACAAAGCAUUGGUUCGAGAGGCGGUGCGUGCUAUUGGACGCUGCGCCCAGACUGAUACCUCUGCAGCUCCUCGAUGCUUGAAGUUGCUCCUGGGUCAAAUUACUAGCUUGGAUGGUACCCUUGCUGCCGAGUCACUGACAGUCAUUCGUCACCUGAUACAACAGGACGUCCAGGGACAUGUUGGGACGGUCGUUCGUCUAGCGAAGAAUCUCGACUCUGCAACUGACCCCCAGGCUCGUGCUACAAUCAUCUGGCUCGUGGGCGAAUUCUCGGGUCUGAAUGGAGAGGACAACAUUGCGCCAGAUGUUCUUCGCAUCUUGCUCAAGGAGUUUUCUAAUGAAUCGCCAGUUGCUAAGCAACAGAUUCUGCUCUUGGCGGCCAAGGUUUACCUCCACCACCUCAACCGCAAGAGUGAAGCUGAAAAGGAGAGGGACGCUGAGGAGGAUCCGCCCAUGGAUACAGAUACUCAUCCUAUUGUGAGGUUAUGGGAAUACGUCCUGCUACUUGUGAGAUAUGAUACAUCGUUCGAUCUCCGUGAUCGCGCGAGAAUGUAUCGAUCACUUCUUGCAGUUCCCCAGCUGGCGACGUUGAUGCUCCUUGCUGAGAAGCCCGCACCACAUGCCCCGAGCCCAUCAGAAUCUCGAAAGGGAUUCCUCCUGGGUUCUUCCACAUUGGUGCUUGCAGGUGGCGGUGGUAUUCAUGGUCUUCGGGGCUACGAACCCUUACCCGACUGGGUUGAGGAAGGAAAGCAGCCUGAUCGCCGACUUCGAGAACCUGAAGGCAGUCAAAGUUCUAGGUAUGACGUUGAAAGAAGUACGCUACCUGCCAGUGAGAGACUUGACGAGGCGGCCAAGACAGCCAUGCCUAGCAAGUCAAAUGGCACAGGGGCAGGCACGGGCGAAGCAGUGGGUGCUAAGACUUUGGAUGACUGGCUUGCAGAAGAAGAGCAAGAAAGCGAGGAGACUGAGGAAGAGACAGAAGAGGAAUCAUCGGAGGAAGAAGAAGAGGAUGAGGAAGAGGAUGAUGACGAGGAAGAAGAGACGGACAGCGAUGACGAUGGAGAAGCCGAUAGACUGGUUAAAUCCUAAUAUCGAUAGAAAGCAUUAUCAAGACACGCUCAACUUGGACUCAUCCGAGUCUACAAGAACUGAUCUAAUAUCGUCCCAAUACCUCGCGCCCUAGUUCAAACAAGACUAAACAACAAAUACCCCUUCCUAUACCCUAUCCUAAUCUAUUCCAUAUCCCUCUAAGCAGUCUGGGAGUUUUCAACUUUUCGUUCCUCGCUGGAAGAUUCGGCAGGUGUCUCGGCCUCAGUCUUCUUAGUGCGCUGCAUAGUGACAGCCAUCUGAGGGAAGAAAAUUCCAGGAUGGAAGGCCGUCAAUAGGAAGCCAGUGAUGAGAACAAGGGAGCUAUCGAGGACGAGGAAGCUAGGCUCAUCCUGCAUGAUAUGGUUACCCCAACCACCAGCCAUUUCGGCAAUUCUACAGUUUCUCGCGUCAGCUGAUGUAAGAAGAUAGGAUAAAUGAGGAUUCUGCACUAACCGAUAAAUGCAACGAGUGAGAAUGGCAAAAUAGGCGCCCGAAACAGCAAAGCCAAACAUACGGAACUUCUUAUCCUGCCAGACACGCAGCGACUCAGGGGCAGCCUCUGAACUAUGGAGGUACUUCUUCACACGCAAGUAGUAAUCAGUGCCCAUGACUCCAAAGGCGAGGAGCACGAUGACUUGGAGGACGACACCGGCGAUGAUGGUCCUGUUGCCGUUCCUAGCGAGCUCGGGCUGGUUGCGCUUUGCUGCUGCUGCGACACCGCCGCCGAUGGCUUGGAUGAUGAGACACGAGAGGUCGGCGGGAAGGAAGAUGCGUGGAUACCAUCGAGGAUUAAUUCGUGAGAGGUCUGGGUUGAGUGCGAGGGCGACGUGCUUGAGGGUGAGGUAGAUGGCGGCGCAGAUGAAGGUCGGGGCGAUGAUGAUGCAGCAGAUUUGGGUCUGGAAGGCUGAUGACUUCCAUGGGUUAGGGUCCAUCUGAAUACGGCCGAUAUAUCCUGAACUUGUCAGCAUUUCAUUAUUCUUUCUCUUCCUCUCAACGAGUGGUGUUGAGUUGGUAGAUCAUACCAAUAGUCUCGAGCAGUAAGCCUGCUCCAAGAGUCGCAGCAUAGGUCCAUGUCUUCUUCCAAACACCCAACCCUACAGAGGACAGGAAUAGAAUCGCAAAACAGAUUGUGAAGAAGUAACUGGAUCCUUUGUUGGGAACAUAACCGAGGACAGUUGCGCUGACGGGACAGAGGG